AUGGACGUUUCGCCGGUGAUAGCAGGAAUCGGUGGCUACGAUCAGAGUUUUCCGGAAGAAGACACCGAUAAAGAAGAAGAUGAAGACCUUUGCCGGAUUUGUCGUUCACCGGAGGAACCAGGAAACCCGUUGAGGUAUCCGUGCUUGUGUCGAGGGUCCAUCAAGUAUGUCCACCAAGAUUGUCUUCGUACUUGGCUGAAUCGUCGCGGAUACAAGAAAUGCGAGGCAGCGUUUUCAAACAACUUUGUAUGUGGACGUAGCUACUCUUUUGUUCCGGUUUACUCCGAGAAUGCUCCGGAGAGGCUUCCAUGUAACGAGUUUCUGAUUGCGGUGUUAUUGAGAGUAGCACGUUACGUGAAACUGAUUGUUCCUUGGAUUGUGGUGAUUCUCUUCAACACAUACUGCAGUUCCUUACAUCCCUGGGGCCAAGAAGCUGUUGCUCAGUUCCAGAUAGAUCUUGGGAUGUUUCGGAAGUUCGCUUCCUUGUUUGCUGGCCUGAUUUACAGCACUUUGAUCUCGUGUUUCAUGUCCAUCAUCACUAUUAUAAGGGUGGAAGUAGGAGAUCUCAAUGUUGCUGGUGGGUUUGGCCUACCACAAGGUGUUAUUGGUGGAGUUGUGCAGGUCUUGUGGAAGCAUAUGAAGAUCCUUUGUGAUUGGUAUUAUCAUACACUCAUCCGUUUCUUGGGGGAACCUCGUCGACUAAUACUUGUUCCUCCAAACGCACCGAUUCAUGAAUUUGGGUUUAUCCGGCGGCUGCUUUUCUUUCUGGAUGACGAUGCCUUUGCUUUUCUUGCCAUCAGCGGAUAUGUGUCUCUCAUCUUUGUUCUUCUGCCGUUUUGGAUUGGAUGGAUUGUAUUAGCAACUUUUGGAAGCAGCUAUCUAUCCGGAAACUUGGCUGUUAUUGUUGGAUACAUGGUGACGCUGUCUAUUUCCUUUGCUUACUUUGGAAUCCUCUUCAUUCUCCGUCGAACCUCAUUUCCACCCGCAGGCCAAUGGUUUUCGCUGGGAUUUCACUUCAUAACAGACUUAACAAUGACAUUGCCGUGUCUCUUGUGGGGUUUCUCAGUAAAAGCCUGCAAAAACCUAUCUGUCAUGAAGGAUGCUUUCGUCAUUUGUUUUAAGAUUGGUGUUAUGCCUUGGAUGAUUGGAUGUUGGCUAUGUGUCUGCACCUCCCCUAUGUUUGGAACCAAAGUCUCCCAGAUAUUCGAGAUUCUUUCACGCGUCCCAAGCAUGGUUAUGCCACAAUGGCUGGUAGGAUUCUGUUACUUGAUGAAUGCUGACGCUUACAGGGAACUUAUCCAGGGGAUUAUUCAUAAACGAGCCUUUUGGUAUCUUCUAGAUGUCACAGAUCCGGAGUACAAGUUGACCAAACUGAAUCUUGGUCACACUCUCUUUGCGUUUGCUUCUCAUGGGGUAUUGUUGGUGACUUUGUUUCACUUACCAAUUAAAGUGAUUACAUUGAUCAGCCCGUCAUUUUUCCCUCUUAAGUUCGGGAUCACCGGAGAAAUGACUUUGCAUGGUGUAUACUCAAUUUUUUUCAACUCAAUUUCGAUCAACCUAAUAGUAUCCGGCCCUGAUCGGUUUAUCAAACAUACCAAACCAGCUAUCAAACUAAUGGUUCGCAAGUGGAUUACCACUGCUAGUUAUUGGCUUCAGCUGAGUGAUUUCUUGCUGGUAGUGCCCCAAGGAGGAGAGGGCUUUCACCGUGAUGAUCAGAAUGCGAGGCCAUUGUUGCAACCAAGAAGGCCGUAUGAUAAUAAUCCAUGGUUUAUAUUGUAUUCCAUGGCUGAAGGCUCUAUGGUCAAUUUGCAUGGAUCUCAGAAUGCUGAAGACGGUAUUAAAGACCAAAGAGAUAACAGGUUUCUGCUGAGGAUUGCAUUGGUGUUGGUGCUAGCUGCUCUGAGUAUGUUCGCCGUUAGUACAACGCUCAUGGCUUUGCCAAUUUUCGUGGGGAGAGUAUUCUUAGACUCUAUCUCUUUCUUCAUGCUAAGAAUUGGACUCAGACUUGACGAUGUUUGUUCUUUUUGGAUUGGAUUUGAUGUUCUGGGAGCAAUAUGUAUCAGCACUUGCUUUGUAUCUGAUCAUAUCCAGAAGGGAAGAAUCGAUUUGCUUCUCAAGUAUGUCUUCCUAGGGAUACGAAAUGGAUUGUUUUUCUCCAUCUGGAUCUCUGUCAUACCGGGAUUGCUCGGUCUGCUCAUCGACCUUAUGAUCAUCAUCCCAUCACGAGUGCCGCUAGAUGAAUCACCGGUCUACUUCUUGUUCCAAGAUUGGCUGAUCGGAGUAGUGGUGCUUCACAUCUGGGUCAUUAUGACAAUGCUCACGCCCAUGAAGUGGUUCGCGACCAAGGCAUGGCGAAGAAAGUUGGAGAGAAUCGGAGAUGUGGGAAUCAACAGACUUCCUUCAAUGUGGCUGCUUCGAGAUGUGAUCGGUUCCAUUACAAGCACACUUCUAACCACAUUCUCCAUCCCGUACCUGCUCGCCAAGUAUCUGUUUCCAUGGCUUGGAUUCUCGGAAAGCGUCAAUUCAGCUGUUGAGCGGUUGAUUUGGCCGGCGUUAUUAGCCAUCAUUGCGGUCUGGCACUUGGCCAAGCUAACACGUGAUCUCAUUGUCUACCUUCAACAGUUGGUCUUCAACGAACGCUAUUUGGUGGGUGAAAGAGUCGACAAUUUGACUGAAGAUCUCUAGAGCAGCGGAUUUGAUCCAUGAGAAGUAUAUGAUGAUGACCAACGAUGACUUUUGUUCAUAGACAAGUCAAGAUAUGUUUAUGACAGUAAUUAGAGGAAACCAAACCAAACCGAAUUUAGGGGUCUUCUUUUGCUCUUUUCUGUUGUCUUCGAAACAAUAUGAACCAAUUAUUGGUUUAAAUAUUUAGUUUAACCCGGUUUAAC